AUGGCGCGGAUCUCGCGAGAUACUGCUGGCACUGAAGAGGAAGAGCGGUUUCAGGGACCGGAAGGACUCUAUAUCGCCACACUUCAAGAAGAACCGGCUACCGACAAACACGCCUGUACCAACACAAGCUACACGCCUGUACCAACACACUCUACACGCUUGUACCAACACAUUCUACACUCUUGUAAUCAUGACGCACUGGUCGCACUUUCAUUCAUAGUACUACGCACCUUCAUCAUCGGCAUGCUUCUUCGACGUGGAAAGGUAUUUUCGAGCGCAUGGAUCUUAGAUGUGUCGAGUGCUUGUUCUUGCGCUGAUGAAGAGCGAAUCAAGCAGGAAUGCGUGUAA